AAUCAAUUCCAUUACAAGGUGUUGUUAUUUAGAUGCACCUUUCGUUUGCAACGCCAUCUGCAGUCGUCGCAAAUUUCCGUCUUUCUUUCCGAACUCUUGACUCGUAUUUUCUUCGUCCCUUUCAUCCAGGUUUAGCUUGGAAAACUCUGAAACUUGUAAGCAUGGCGAACGAACCUCCGUCGAAAAGGAUGAAGAAGGAAAUCGCUGAAACAAACCACAACAAUAGCACAGAACAAACCACUCUGGCAAAAUUUAUGGAGAAAAGGAAGAACGUUUGCAAAUCUGUAGCAGAAUUCAAAUUCAAUAAGAAGAGAGUACGACUUAUAUCAUCGAAUACAGACAUGCCAGAUUCUUGUAAAGGAAUCGCCUACUGGAUGUGGAGGGAGCAGCGAGUACAAGGUAAACUACGACUCUUAGUUUGUGGAAAUAUUCUCGAUUUCGUUACCUCUCACUGAACAGUAGCAUCAACUCAAACCAGCUAAUUUCAAACCUUAAUGAUAGUAAACAUUUUCUCAUGAUUUUAAUUUUUGGGAGAACCAGCCGAUCAAUAACUCUGAAUCGCCUCUCAGUUGUCUUUACAGUAAACUGUGGUUCUGAACCAUUACGUAACAUCUACGAUAUUUAAAGUGAAAUUUCAUUCGCUUCGUGUCUGGAGCAGAUUAGAAUAAUUAAUUUUUGAUGUUAUGAUGUGAUCUUUCAAGGAAGAAUUAUCCUGAAAGCACUGUUGUCGUUGACAUUGACAUUUCCAAUACUAAAGCUGAAGUCUCUAACAGAGUAGGGGUGAUAAAGAUUACAUUCCUGAUUAUUAUGCCAUUGCCUUGUCUGGUUUUCAAAGUGACCGACACUGUCAGCGACAGCAGCCCUUUUCAGGACUUUUCUUAUUCAGAUAAACACUUAACUUAAUCAAACGGUACUCCUGUAUUAAAACUUAUCACAGCCUCCCAACAUUAAUGAUAAGAAGACACUGGGGAAUGCGUUUCUCAAAAUGUGAUUGAGUGAAACAGGAGAGAUUGAAGAGAAAACAAAGGUCUUUGUUAUCCAUCCAAAGACUGCUAAACAAAUUUUUUUUUUCUUCUAAAAGAGUCUAUCAAACACCUUUUAAUUCUUACUCAUGGCAAUUAGAAAAUAAACUCAACCUGAUUUUCCUCCCAAAAAAAAAAAAAAAAAAAAAAAAGGGUGUCUCUAUGGCCAAUUUUUGUUGCCUAUGAGUAUCCUUCUUUGUUACCUGGCAUCGAUCCAAUAGAAAGUCACAAAGCUUGUUUUACUCCUUUCAAACUGCUUUUACCUUACAUAAAGUUCUUUUGUUGGGGUAGUUCUGCUUGGGUUCCCUUAAAGCAUUCUGUCUGUACAUACCUAAUUUUCGCUGUUUGAACUGUGAGUUAUGGGCCAAGUUUUUGCUACAAGGUUCUGUAAGUUACUGUGUGGACAGGCCCCCAUUUAAACCAGCUUGAAACUGAACUGGGACAGCCAGCAUAAAUAUUGCUAAUAAAUAUAUAAAUAAAUAAAUAAACUGAGAAAAUGAGGUUAGUUAGAUAUUUAUCAUAUAUUUGGGUUCAAUUAGAGAGGGAAGAUUUUGAUUCAAACAAACUUUUGAAUUUAGGGGGCUUUAAGUAGAGAUAUGGUUAAAUGAGAAGUUGCAACUUCCCUUGAUUUCAUCCAGUUCCUAAGAUGAAACUUUUUUUACUAUUUACAGACAAUUGGGCCAUGCUCUAUGCCCAGAGAAUGGCACUGAAACAACAAGUACCUCUCAUUGUCAUCUUCUGUAUGCCAUCUAAUUACCUUGACGCUGCAUACAGGCAGUACAACUUUAUGAUCAAAGGUUUACAGGAAGUGGAAAAGGUAAUUAGUAAAGGAUGAAAUGGUUGGAAUUCAACCUACCCACAUUGUUAAUGUUCAUUCUCCUCAAGGAAAAUUCAGUCACCUGUAGGUCGUAAUUUAUUUUGUGAAUCUUGUCUUUUGACUGUCUGUUUGAAGGUUAUCCUGUAAGGGUUUGUUGUUAAAGACAGGAUCAUGUCAAAUUAACUAAUAGGUAGUGAGCUAAUUAAUUUCUUAUAAUUAGAAUAUGGUUAAUAUUUUUGAUAAUUUGGAUGGAAGGAAGUUGGCAAAAAGUAUCAGAGAAGUGAAAAAGCCUUCGUAGCUUCCUUAACCUCCUUCUUAAUCUUGAAAUAUCCAUAGCUAAACAAGUUGCAAAGCACUGAAACAAACUCAAAGAACAUUUUGGUAUUUAUUUGUGAUUGAUACAAGCUAUAUCCAAGUCAUCAAAACCUACUCAGUUUUUUGAGCCAUGGUGUACUGCCUCAAAGCUUCCUGCUAAGGCUUGAACUUAAACUGACAUGGUGUAUUUAUCUGAGUAGAGUACUUGUAAGGAAGAAAUGAGUACUUUUUGACUUUCAUCAACCAAGGCAGCAAAGUCAGUACAUUAUCACCUAGAGCCAAAUCUAUUCUUGUCACCCUGACAUCACAAUCAGUAAAUCAGAGCAUUUUGUUGUGCGAUCACUGCUCUUUCUCUUUCUUCCUGUCUUCUUGGAAUUUGCAUCUCAUGGGGUGGUACAUAGAGCUCUGCAGCUUUUUACAGCCCUGCUUGUGCCUUGCACUGGGAUUUUUUAGUAAUAUUUGUCAAUGAAAGGGCAUACAGGGCCAUCUCAGUUCUGUGAUAACAGUAAUUGUUCCCUUUCCUUCACAAGUUAACCUCUCCCCAGGGCACUCCUUUUAAUAUGACCUUCAGAUGUAACUGAAGUACUAUUUUAUUCUUACCACUUAUGGUAUUUCAUUCUAGGAGCUGACAGAGUUGAAUAUUGCUUUCCAUGUGCUUCUUGGUGAACCAGACAAGGUCCUUCCAGAUUUUGUGAAAUCCAAAGAAAUUGGUGGUGUUGUGGCAGACUUUACACCUUUAAGGAAACCUCUUAAAUGGCUGGAAGAUAUUGCCAAGAAACUGCCAAAAAAUGUUCCACUUUGUCAGGUUUGUUUGUGUUCAUCAGGGGCCUGUUUCUUAAUGAGCCCAAAGCCAUAUUUUUAUACCAAAUUUUAAAAAAUAGAAUUAAAGGCAGGUUCUGGCACCCUAACCAAUCCAGUUUGUUUCUUUGGCUGUUAGAUUUAUUGUAUGGUUUUCAAAACUUUUGAAACCCUUGUCUUGAAUGAAAACAGAACAGCUUUACAAGCCAGUUAACUUAACAGAAACUUCAAGAAACAGGCUCUAGGAUCUACCUGCAAAGCUUCUACUUAUUGUUAUUACAACUUUCCAGAAAUGCUUAAGGCUCCCAUGUUAUGGACUCACAUAAAAUUAAACAAUGUCAAUUCCUAAUAAAAUCUUCAUUUCUUUGCCACCUAGGGGCAAAUGGCAAUCAGUUGCUUGGGAAGGGGUGGCUGCUUAAUUGGGGCUCAUCAGAAACUAGCUGGUGUUUUUCACCUUUGGUGGCUUGAGUUGUUUCUCCAUUGGCUCAGAACCAUAGCCCUUGAACAUAAACAAAAAUACAAAUCAAACUGCUGUUUGCUGCAAAUUACGUUAACUUGAAAUCAAUUAAUUUUGCAACAGCUGUUUGAUAGCCUUGUAACAAAAUCUGCCAAGCCAGAGGACUCAGUAGUAAUUAUUUUUAGUAAUAUGAACAGGACUGUAAUGCUAGUAACUUAGGGUCUCUUGGUUUCUGAAUCACUGUUUAGUCUCGGGGUCUACCUAACAUUAUAAUUGGCAUUGUUUUAUCUCUUAUUUGCAGGUAGAUGGCCACAACAUUGUGCCCUGCUGGCAAGCCUCUCCAAAGUUGGAGUAUGGGGCAAGAACCAUUCGCCCUAAAAUCCAUGACCAGUUAAAGCAGUUUCUUACGGAAUUCCCACCAGUAAUUAACCAUCCACAUGCUGGAGAUUAUGACAUAAAGGUGAGGUAGACUUUAAGUAGUACAACAUUUAUUACUCCCAGCACAUUCCAGCAUAUUGUGCUGCUCUAUGGCAAGUUACUCUCUAUUCUUGUGUCUGCCAUAAAUUAUGUUCCUUCACCUUUUAUCUUAUUCCUUCAUUAUAUGAUUACCAGCUAUGUAAUUAAGACCUGUGUGUUUUCCUCCAUUUUUUAGUAUUCAUUCCAUUUUACAUGUUGUCACAAAGAUGUAAAGAACAACAGUGUUCUCAUAAAUUAUUCUAGCAGUAAAAUCUUUCAAAUUGUGUUGAGAAAAUUAAGAAACUUAUUUCGUAUUUGAAGGAGAAAAGCAUCCCCUUUUAACCAAAGUUCAGGUCCAUACUUAAACUUAAAGACAUUAAAUUGAAAAAAGAGAUCUCCAACUGACAGUAUGGAUGGACAUGCAACUUUGAACAUGCAAUUUGUUGUCUCUAUUUUGUGUCUGAUGGGAGUGGAGAGCAAUGUCUUUUCACCCUAAAUGGCUUCAAAUAACUGAGGCAUGUCCAAAAUAAAUUACUCAAUCAAUUUUAGUUUGUAGAUGUAAGCAAAGUUUAACACAAUUCAAAGAAGACAAGGAUUUGAAAUUUUAUUGGCUCAUUAGUAAACUAUGGGCCAUUGGGCAUAAUGCAUCAAUCAGUUGGAAGCUCCAACAUCCAAGGCGUUUCUCCUUUUGAAGAUUGGCUUGCUCAAGCUGUACAGCCAGUUUUUCUAGGUCAUCUAUAUAAGUAAAUUUUCCCAGUUUAAUUAUCCUCAGUGUAUGUUUGUAAAGGUUCGUUAUCUGUAACUUUCCAAAGGCAGUGGAUUGGGAAGCAGUGGAUAGUUUCAUUGAUGUUGAUCGUGCUGUUAAAGAUGUUGAUUGGGCUAAAGCAGGAACUGAGGCUGGUCUGGAAAUGUUGGAAUCAUUCUGUAACAGCAGGCUCAAAUAUUUUGCAACAGAUAGGAACAAUCCCACAAAGGAAGCUUUAAGUAACUUAUCACCAUGGUUUCAUGCAGGUAAUUGAAAAAAUUCAAUGUAAUAACUUAAUCGCUAAUUAAAACCAUGAAUCAGUUUCUGCUUCUCUUUUGGUCAGAUGUUUCCUUAAUUUUAAAAUUUUAAAGGUAGUUUGAUAUUAUUUUCUAUUUAUUUUUUUUGUAAAUUGUGUUAAUCUGAAAAACUGGUCUCUGCAUCUCCAACAAUUUUAGUAUAAGCAACCUUUCAUCACUGUUACACAGAGUCAGGAAAUGUUCAUUUAAGGUGUGAAUCCUAAAUUACAGAAAAAUUAGGUUCAAUGUAAGUAUUGAGCUGCUCUUUGGAAAAUGAGCUGAUGCUCCUCAUCACACCUAGGUCUGUCAGAUUGGAUAAAAUUGAAAACCAUUUUCUAUCUGUAAGAGGAGGAUCUGGGUUGACUGUAACCAAAUUCCACUCCUGAAUUUCUUGUUUUUGCACUUUCCUCUACAGGUCACAUAAGUGUCCAGAGAGCAAUCCUCAGAGUAAGAGAGUUCCGCAGCAAGGCUAAAGACUCUGUUGAGGCUUUCAUCGAGGAAGCAGUUGUUAGGAGAGAAUUAGCUGAUAAUUUUUGCUUUUACAACUUGGAGAAUUAUGACUCAAUCAAAGGGACAAAUGCGUGGGCACAGAAGACUCUGCAUGAUCAUGCACAGGAUAAAAGGGAAUAUUUGUACAAAAGAGAAGAGCUUGAAAAUGGGAACACACACGAUGACCUUUGGAAUGCUGCCCAGGUUUGUGGCUGAUGAAUAAUCUUUAUGUGGGUUAAAAAGAAAUAAUUUAAGUACUGACUGGGAUUUAAAAUAGAUAGUGAUAUUGUGUACUUAAUUGUAAAGACGUUGCUAUUUUUCCCUAGCUAUAUGAUUAGAGCUAUUUUCUUAGUCUGCAAAACAAGGAAAAGCUGUUGGAAAGUCUUGAAUGGUUCACCAAGUGUAAAGCAGUAGCUUGUGUGAAGUGAUUCAGAACCACAACUUACAUUAUUACGGUAACUGUUUCCUGAAGUUGAUCACUUUGCAGCCUGGUGCAAGUAAAAGCUUCAAUUUAAAAAAUUACUCUGAAGUACCUUUCUACAAAAAAAAAAUUGUCUUUUGCACUUAAGCUUCAGCUGGUAAAUGAAGGCAAAAUGCAUGGUUUCCUAAGAAUGUACUGGGCAAAGAAAAUUCUGGAGUGGACAGCCAGCCCUGAAGAGGCCCUUGAGGUGUCUCUCUUCCUUAAUGACAGGUUCAGUCUGGAUGGCAACGACCCUAAUGGAUAUGUGGGUAGGUAUUAGUUAUUACGUUCACAAUGUUGCAUUUAAAUGUAACAUGUGGUAUUCCCAUGGGAUAAGUAAAUUGUAAUGACCAAGGCAAAUGCAAGUAAAAUUCACAUCUGUGCCCAAGUGAUAUGACUGGGUUGUAAGUGUCUGAGCCGAGCAGGUUGUUUUGUCUUACAACUUGAUAUUUUAAAAGUUUAAAAUGGCUCCUCAUUCUCCUAAGCUUAUCAUUAUCGCCCUCUUUUUGUCUUGAAUUAUUGCUAUGUUGUUGUAUAGGUUUGAUGUUCCCUGGGGCAAAAGCUCUAUCCUGUAGGCCUAUUGUGGAGAUGUUACUAAAUGUUGUUCCCAAUUUGCUUCAAGGUUGCAUGUGGUCAGUAUGUGGAGUGCAUGAUCAAGGUUGGGCUGAAAGACCAGUGUUUGGAAAGAUACGCUACAUGAACUAUAAUGGCUGUAAGAGGAAGUUUGACGUUGGAGAGUUUGUGAGAAAACAUGGCAAGAAGAAACAGGACACUACUGGGGGGACUGAGAAAAUUUUGAAGAACAAGAAACGAAAGGCAGCAGGAAUAAGCUGAACAUGCUUUAUGUUGAAAACAUGCUCCAGUUUUUAGUUCUUUGCUAAAUAGUUGUCAGUGCGUGUAUGGGAGUUUUAUUUUGACAGCCCAGUGUCCAUUGAAGUUGAGCUCACUGACUCUAUCCAGGUUAGCACUUUGUUGCAAAAUUCAAUGGCAGGGUCUAGUCAUGUCUGAUAUUUUCAAAAGGGAGAUAGAGAAGAGAGAGAGACUGGCUUCAGUCAUUCAAUGGCUGGAUAGUACUAUCUGUUUGAAAACAGUCAACAAUAAUUAUAUAUUACACUUUCCCUGUAUAACAGUUUAUCCAGUUAAUAGCAUUAUGCAGCCUUCAUAUAGCUAUGGCCAUUUUAAUAUGUCAGGUGUCUGCAUACUCUUAAGAGAGACUCCAGAAGGUUAAGGGAAAAGAAGUCAAUUGAUAGGUUAGAGUCUGUUGUAGUUAUUUAGAAAGGAAAGUAGUUGUGUUAUAGUGCAAGGAACAGCUAGAUUUAAAGGAAACAUAGGAAAAUUUAUUAAUGUGGUUGCUGUGCUUAUGCACUUCUCUGCUGCAGGAAAUAUUUGCUCUCUAUGGACUAUGAGUAGCCAUACAUUGAUUGCUUUGAAAAUAAAAAUGUUGUCAAACUGCAUGCCUACUUAGGAAAGAAAAGUGUCUUACCGAGUGAAGUUCUUGUAUUAUUCUGUCACUGCACAAUCCAGAAAACCCAGGUCGAAAAGGUCAAGUUAUGUCUUUCUGGUGAACUUCUGUGAUCUUCACAAAAAGAUUCAGGUCUGUAUGGGAUGACUAACACCCAGUUGGUUUGGAGAAAGAUAUAUUUUUUUGUCUUGUCACGAGCGUGGGACAAAGAAAAAUUCAGAGUCCCCAUGAGGAAUCGAACCUCAGACCUUCAGAUUCUAUGCUUUGAUGCUCUAACCAAUGAGCCACAGAGACUCCACUGUGAGCGAGGUCUAUUAUGACAUGCAUCCUGCAUACUGCUAGGAUUGGCAAUGUGGAAAGUGUAAUGUUUGUAGAAAUAAUUAAGAGAUAUGGUAAAUUUUGAGCUCAGUAAAUAAAUAGAGAAAGAUGUGUUUUUUCAUCUUGUCAUGAACAUGGGACGAAGAAAAAAUUCUGAGUCCCUAUGAGGAAUCAAACCUCAGACCUUUGGAUUUGCUCAGUUGGUAGAGAACUGAACCAGUACAGCAGAGGUCAUGGGUUCAAAUCCUGUACAGGACAGAAUCUUUUUUGAUACCUUAUUUUCGCUACUGGUAAAUAGUGUAAAUUACUAUAAAAAUCGCUUUCAUUUUUAUUUCUUAAACUGCAGUUCAUGUAUAUGAUUUUCAUAUAUUCACGGUCAUUGACAAAACAAAACAGUUGUAGAAAAAACAAGGGUUUUCCUUUUCAUUCCUUCCUUUACCCAGGAAGUUUACCAUCUGGACCCAGUGUUUUAGCUUGUGACCAGAAGUGUGAAAAGUUGGCUGUUUGCUUAAAGCACAACAAACUAAGAAAAUAAAGGAAAUCUUAAGUGCUCCCUGUAAGAUUUUUACUUGACUUUUGUUGUGUCUUGAAAGGACUGAGUGAUGAUUGGUUACAGUCAGAGCUGUUUUUAUACCUUAUAUAUGCAAUACUUUACCAGCAAGCACCUCUGCUGUAUUUGAUUUUCACUUCUUUAUCUCUUAAAGACACAAAGUUGCAACUAGUUUUAAAAAGUGUUUUACCAAAAUGUCUGAUAGAGCUUCUAUAUUGUAAAUGAGCUGGAAUUUGAAUGGAGCAAUGUCUUUCAAGUCGAUGUACAAAGAAUUCUCCUAUGUUUCUCUUUGUUUAAAAAUCAAUCACUUGUGUCUUAACAAACAGGGAAAAAAGAAGAAUUUGUUUCACGAAAAUGAUAUUGCUUCUCUUCGUGAGCCUACCUAUUAACAAAUUACAGUAACAUUUUAAGAACUAUCCUCAGUAACUGUUACAACUUUCAACACCUCAUUAACACUAUGAAAAGGGUAGUAUCAUUUGUGUAUCAUUUUCAUAACAUUGAUGUCAAUUGUGACACAACCAAAUUUUAUUAACAUUAAAAUUGUGUUGUUGGUUGUAAUCGAUU